GUAAACGCACGUGCUAGUGUGAUGGGCACUGUCAAGUUGGAAGCCAAAUGGCCUCCGGACAGGAAAUCCACCAUCGAAGCUUCGGAGUUCGGCAUCUACAAAGUACAAGAUGACGGCAAACACCGCAGAAUGGAUAGGGCCAGCAGCUGCUUGUUGAUCUUGUCCCUGAUAGCCGCCGCAGUGGUCGUGGUGUACUUUACCUUCUUCGAUUUCGCUAUUCCGUCCGUUCAAACCCCGAUGACCGGCGGACCGGUGGUAAGUUACGCCAAGUACGUCAAAGACAAGCAGACCGUGCCGGGGGCGGUGGACUCGUCGACGGACGGGCUGUUGACCGCACUGCUAGGGGUCAAGUACGGCGAGAACUUCACCGAAGCACCGGCACCGGUCAACGGAUCGUUUUUGACCGACCGAAUGGACGAGGACGAGUUGGGCAACGCCAGGCGGACGCGCAUGUACGCGGCGCGGCAGCGGCCGGCAUUGCCGUCCUACGGCCCCGGCUAUUGGAAGUUAAACGUGCUCAGGGGCGGCAAGUACCCGGACGGCAUGUACGGUUUCGGCCGGAGGUCGGACUUCCCGCAGCUGACCGCCUACAGGGCGCCGUACCCGCCCAGGGGGGUGGUCAACGUCAUGAAAUACGUGACGGGGUCUCCGGUUCAGGCCGUACCGGACUUUAUGGUCGCCCAGGAGUCCGGCGUCAGGUACGUGCCGGUCCGCGCUGCCGAAGACGUGAACAGACACCUUCCGGACGUGGCUCCGCCGAAGACCGGAUCGAAACGGUUCCGAAACCGGUACGGCCCGCCCGUUUACUUGACCCCGCCGGCCAGCGCGUUCCCGGAUGACUUCAUGAAGCCCCCCGAACCGGACGCCAGGUACUCGAUGGGCUUCGAGAGCCAGGUACCCGUUGACCUGACCGUCUCGCAAGGAUCCAUCAACGUGCCGUCGCACACCGGUGUGGUGUUCCACAGUCCGCCCAGUACCCGCAUGCCCGUGGCGGUCAAACCGAAGAAACCGGUCAAGAAACCGCCCAAGGUAAAGAGGCCGGUCAACAAGAAACCGAUCAGCGUCAUGCUCGACAUAUAUCCGCUGUCGGACGCCGACACCGAACACGAACAAGCAGCUUAUUCACAAGAAGAAGACGUCCAAGAAGAAGAAGGAAACGACCAAACGAUCGAGUCGGACUCGUUACACGACGCUUUCACAAAUAUUAACCAACAACAAGGCACGGACAACUUGUUGUUCCGGUUGAACUUAUUUCCGAAAUUCGGCCAGGGCGGACGAAGAAUAUCCAAACACCUGGAGGAAAACAAAACCGUCCAGGUAAUACACUUGACCACGAGUAAACCUGCCGCCGAUAUAACAGACAAUGCCGAACGCGAAGAAACCGCCGAAAAGUAAAACGGGUACACAUCCACAGACUUGUAUGUAAUUAUUAUUGUAUACUUGCAUGUUAUUUACCGACAAACUUGGCAUACUUGUUUGUACAAGUUUACAAUGAAAGAAAUACUAAUAAUAAAAACAGACAUUUUUACAUUAUGUAUUGUGGUAUUUAUUGGGCAAAAAAACAAGUAAAUUCAUAAUAAUAUAGAAAAUAAUAUGUAAGUAAACGGUGCUUGAAAAAUAACUGAUAAAAGCACUUGGUUUUUAUUUAAAUUUGGUUAGUAAAUGUGAUGUAUCCAAUUGGAGUAUUCGGAAAUGCCAACGGUGGACUCGUAUGGCGAAAAAACUGUAAAAUAAAUUCAAGUGUAUUAUUUUUAAAUGUCUUUCGGUUACCUGAAAACAAUUUAAACCCUAAAACGACUGUAACGGGUACUAACCGUGGUGGUAAAUAAUUUAAAAAAAAAAAUGUAAAUUGCUUAUAUUUCGUGUCGGUCACCCAAUAAAACUAUUAGCAAAUUUGUUUGGUCGCAAGAAUGUGUAUUUUUUUAAAAUGCCCAAAGACCAUCUUGGGCUUUUGGUUAAAUUGCAAUACAAGUUCGAUAUGAAAGUUAAAAGUCAACCUUAUGAGUUUCUUUAAUUUUUGCCUUUCUUAAUUGUUAGUUUUAGCGUUGAUG